GAACACAUUUCGAGCACUUUAGCAUAAUCACAAUUUUUAAUCUUUCGCCAAAAUGUCUCCUAGCUCGACACUAGAGACGGCAGUCAAGUCUGAAACUAGGCUCACAUUUGGUAUCGAGCUCGAAUACCUUCUGGCUACUGUUCAUCCCUUUCAUCCUGCUCCCCAUCCAAAGGACCCACGUGAGAAAGAUGGAAAGAAAUUAGCUACCAUCGAAAAAGCUAAUUAUGAAAUAGGCAAAAAACUUGAAGCUAACGGGAUAUCAGUAGCUACCACUUUGAGGAGUAACGCGAGUAUAUCGCCGAGCGAUGAAGAAUUAAGAACUAAAUGGCACCUUAAAUCUGACUCGAGUGUCGCCCCAAGAGUGCGAAUCCACCCAGAUUACAGAGAAUUUGGUAUGGAAAUAUCAUCUCCACCUUACUAUUACGACCAGGCUUCACGAGAACUUAUUCCGGUAGUUUUGAGGACAUUAAGAGAUAACUAUUUAGUUAGAGUUAAUGAUAGUGCAGGCUUCCACGUUCACGUUGGCAACGAGUAUGAUGGAUUCUCAUUCCCAGUAUUUCGUAACCUAGUUGCAAUUUUGUAUACUUAUGAACGGCAGAUUCGGCUGAUGGUCUCUGCCGACCGGGUGCAGACUUCACAGAUACAUUGCCGACCAUUUUCCAGGAGCAAUUUUGGCAAUAGUGUCCCAGAUAUCACACGUCUCGAAUUCCUCAACCACAUUCUUUCGUACCAAAAUCAAGACAACUGGGGUCAACUUUGGACUGAUAUGACCACAAACCCUGGAGGGCGACUCGCAUUCAAUUUGGCCAACUUGAAACUCCCGUACGAAACUGAAAACCGUACCAUCGAAUUCCGUCUCCAUCCAGGAACUCUAGAUCCCGAGGCCAUUUUCCAUUGGGUCCACUUCUGCAUCAAAGUAACCGAGAAAGCAUGUCUUAUCAAGAACGAAAACGAACUUUACCUGCACCUCAGACGCGAUGUCGAAAAGCCAAUUGGAACUGGUGAAGAGGACUGCAGUACCGUCGAUUUUCUCAUGUGGCUAGAUUGUCCGGAUCAGGCGUAUUAUUAUGGUGCUCCUCUAAUAUCGGAUCCGCAGGGCCUCAAAGACCGCAUACAAGAAGAUGAUCGUAUGGAACAGGUGGAACGUGUUGUGGCGGCGCAGAAAAGGAAAAAGUGGGAAGAGAGAAGGAGACGUGCGCAGCAUGCGCGCGAUUUUCCUGAUGAUGAUUUUGAGUUUUCUGAGGGAGAGUCUGCUUAGAAUUAUGGUGGUUUGAGUGAUGCGAUAGGAAGUUUGUCGUCUCAGCGCUGCUGAUUUGGGGGAACUCUGAGAAUUGGGGAAAUUGAUUGUUUGAUGAGAUUUCUCACGAUUGGGUGUUGGUAGGUGAAUCUUCGCCCUUUUUCUUUCCUGUUUGACUGCUGGUUUGCAGUGAGUAAGUUCUGUGGGUAAGUCCUGAUAGAAUCAAAGGUAAGUCAAAGGUUUUUUUUUCACUUCUAAAUGCUUCGUCCGCGAAGCACA